AAGAGCUAAAAACUCUUUUCUCUUAAAAGGCUUUUAACAGCUCUUAAGGCUGAAAACAUAUUUGCUCUUUAUUGUGCUCUUAAAGGUAAAAACCUUUUUUUUCCCUCUUCCCUUUCCUUCUUCAGUAAAAAUUUGGAAUAAAUAGAGUAGGUAUUUCAUAAAACAGGCAUCCUUUUCCAGAAAAUAAGUCACUUGUCCACACAAGAAGGUUAGUCGGGAAGUAGUAGAAGGCUGCGGACCUGAGAUCAAGGCGUUGAACGAUUUUUGUGAAAGCUUUGAGAGCUAAGUGCUUUCGGAAUUUCGUCUUAAGAUUAUAUUAUCAUGUUAAUAUAUCGACUGGAUCAUUAAGGCACGAGUGGCCAUGGACUAAUCAGAAUACAAGGUAUGAUUAUUGUUUUCCAUAGUAGCAUUAAGAGAAAUAGGUUAUCUACAUGGUUCACUCUGUCAUGAUUAUAACCGCCAAAACCCAACAGUCGUCUUCUUCAAAAGGCUGACAGACCUUUCCCAUCAGUACAGAACCUCUACAUCAACACGCUUCUUUGUAUCACAGUCCCUUCACGUUUCAACUUCCUUCUCACUCAUCUUAAAUAAGCACCUUCUUUUCUCUUCCAUCUCCACUUCUUUCUCAACCUCUGAAAAUCCAACAAGCUAUGGCGUUUUCCUCAUCCUCUCCUUCCUUCACAAAAUCUGAAACAAAACCUUCAACCCAAAUUAUUCUUCACCCAAACAUUACUUUACCUUCCCUUAUCCAACCCCAAAUCCCUAUCAACUUAUCUGAUUUUUCAUUGUUUAAACCUCCACCACAACCAUCCUUUCACUCUUCUUCAAACCCUCUUUUUUUUCAAAACCCUUACCAUUACUUGUGCUUCCUCUUCAGAUCCUUGAUCGCGAUGACAUUCCCAUUACUGAUCUUAUCCCUAGACGGUCACGCUCAACUCUGAAAAGAAAAGCAUCUUCUGUCCCCAUUGAUGUUGACAUUGAUACUUAGGUAAAAUCUUCUCCUGUCAUCCAUUCAUCUCGAACUCCACAUACUCGGGGGCAGAAGCAAAGAGAAGAUGCUUCUUUGGAAGAGGCACUUAGGGCAAGUAAAAAGAAAUGAGUAAUGUCUACUGCUUCUACUCCCCCACGCGAGCCCUCUCCUGAUAUUCUCCUCCGCUCUAAAAGAAAACGCAAGAAUAUCACAGCAAAACCCUCAAAGUCCUUUUCCUCUCCCAAACCCUCAUCAUCCUCAAUAUCUACUGUCAAAGUCACUACUGGUCAAGGGUCCACCUCCUCUAAACUUUCUCCAAAAUCUACUUCCCAUCCCAAGAAACAAGUUCCACAUCCUGGUUCUUCUGAUCCAUCUGACUCAGAUUCAGACUAUCUUCCUGAUACUCCUCCUGUUCCUUUUACUUCCAUUGACUCUGAUGAUGAUAUUUAUGUUGAUACUGCUGCUGAUAAAACUUCUCAGUUAGACCAUGUUCUGCACUUUCAGAAACGAAAGAUGAUUAGAGGAAAAGUUGUCACUGGGUUUGGGGGUCCUGAUAUGGAUACGUUAGUUUCAAAACUGACAGCACAGGGGUGGUCAUCCUUGUUUCUUCAAGGUGAUCAUCAGAGAAGAUUUGGUAAAAAUGAGGUGUAUGAGUUUUAUACCAAUGGAGUUGCCAUUAGGGAAAUGAUUUCAACCACAGUUCAUGGGAAAACCAUCAAUCUUUAUCCCGCUGAUAUGGGCAGAUUUCUCAGUUGGAUGGUUGGUGUCAUUAUGUGAAGGGAUCUUGGCCACCUCUUGAUAAUCUUCCAUCCGCUCUUGAUAUCUGUAGAAAAUUCUUUGGGAAUCCUUUUCUUUCCUCUCAUCGUAGGGUCAUGAAAAAUGAGAUGUCCCCUCUCUAUCAGUCUUAUUUUGAUGUGGUUCACAAAAUGAUCUUGCCUCGACCGGAAAGGCGCAUAGUUGCAAGUUUUCUUGAUCUUACCUUGAUGGAACUAUUGGAUUCUGAGAUUCCAAUAGACCUUCCUCUACUCAUCAUUAAGCAUAUGCAAAGGGUACUUGUUAAAGAUACAAAUGGUCAUGCUCUGCCCUAUCAGUUCUGGCUUGCAUCUGUUUUCGAUGAUUUUUAUGUACCUGUCAAGGUAUGGUCCUUGAAGAUGACUAAGGACUUGAUUGGACAACUGAACCAUGCUAGGUUACCUACUACCGUGAGACAUGCUGAUAACCCUAUGCAAAAGUUGCGAAAUGCCUUAAAGGCAAAGCAGGGUGAGCUAGAGGGUGCACAAGCUGCAUUGGUAGCUGCCCAGGCUGUUCAUAAAGAUGAAAAGAGGGUUCUAGAAGCUAAAAUUGCAUCCCUUACAGAAAUCUUGGAUAAGGAAUGCGCUGAAAAUGCUGAUAUCAUUAGGAAGUUGACCUCCCUUAUUCCCUCUACCUCCUCCAAUUAAAAUCCUUCUUCAUCCUUUAAGCUCAUUCACUAUGAUGCUCUCCUGUUUACCUUGUUUCUUUUUUUGUUUACUGGGUAGCAAUAAUUGUAUUUGUUUUGUUUAAAAUCGACCUCUUUUGCUUCCCUUGAUCUACUUCUGCUUAAUUCAAUGCAUAGUUAUCUCUUGCUCUGAAUCUUGCUUGUUUUAGUGAUAGCCCCAGUGGCCAUAAUUAUUAAACAAUUUUUACUUGAUCGCUCAGCUUUUCGAUGAUGUCAAAAGGGGGAAAAACAGAUUAUACAAUGCUUAUAACUCAAUUGUACUAACCUGUUUCAUUCUACUGUGAUUCUGUUAUUUAAUUCCUUCUUAAGUAUGUCAGGAUUCUGUAAUACUGAAGCUACUAUGUUUGUCAUCAUCAAAAAGGGGGAAUUUGUUAGGGCAUGAGGAGUUUUGAUGAUAGACAUGUGAAUGAAACAUAUUGAAGAAGCUGGUCCAUUCAAGGUGAAAUAGUCUAGCUGGCACAGGAGUUUGGAUGAUAUGAUUAUGUGUUCAAGACAAACUUAGAUAACAUUGAUUACAUCAGAAGCCGAGUUAGAUCAGACUAGAAGUCUUGAAGAAGUCAAGUUGAUCAAGGAGUUCAGUAAGAAGAGGAUUUGAAUUAAAAGAAUCCUAUCAAAACUAGGAGAGGUGAGACGACAGCAAAAGGGAAAAGAAUUAACUGAUAGAGUUCUACUGAAGAAAGAAUUGAACAUCAAAAAGGACUCUAUCACAGGUUGGCUUAAAUACAACAAACAUGACUCAAAGCCAGUACUCACGCACGUACUGAAAAAGUCAAUCAACAAUCAGCAUACAUACUUGUUGAAGAACCAAGCCUCUUACUUAGCAGGUCAUAAACUGUGUAGUAGUUAGGUUCUGGUAUUGUAAUGAGUCAUUGAUUCUAGUCUCAGUAAUCUAUAAACUGAGUUAGGAGU